UCGCUUUUGAAGCGUUUAUGUGUUUUCAUGGGGACCAGUUGAAUCAUGAAGGUCAUUAUGUUUAAUCUAUCAUUGUGUUUAUGAAUAACAAGCUGACCAAGGAAAAAUGAUCUCAGAAUAUACUGACAUAGUCAGAAUACAAACAGAACUGGGCUACACUAGUGUGAAAUGUUCUUCCGUAACAACGAUACAAGAAAUUAUCUCGGUGGCUAUGAAAUCUAUUUCACUUUCUGCUUCACCACAGCUUUAUGGACUUCGAAUUUUAGGCCUUCGCGACAGAAACAUGCUUUGUAAUCACGUUUUGUGCAGGCAUUUGACGUACUCUGAGGUUAAGAAAAUGUAUGGGAAUGGAGAUCUUCAGCUCACUAUAUAUUUAUUUCCCACGAAGUUUGAAGAGGCAGCGAGAAAUGAUAGGGCAACUCUCUUUUAUUUGCAUCAGCAGACUAGAAAUAUAUAUUAUUCUGGGUUGCAAAACAUUAAAGACGUUGAAUUGGCAUUUGAGAUAGGAUGUCUAAAUAUCAGGAACUUCAUUACCUCAUCACAGUUAUCCGUUAAAGAAAUAAUUGAAGCGGUAGAAAAGGUGCGAGAUGUUUCAACGUUUUUUCCACCAUGUGUUCUUCAAAACUUCAAGGGUAAAGCAUUUAAAAAAGCUGUACAAAGUUACUUGGCGAAGAUAAUUCACUAUUCAGAGGAGGACUGUGCUUUGGACUUAUUGAAUCGUUACCUUGUCCUGCUACAAUUUGAUCGCGAUAUAUUUAAAUGUCGACUCGGAGCUGGUUGGGGUAUACCAGUGGAUUUAAUUAUUGGGCCGCGUUUUCAAAUAUCUAUAAUCGUUGAAAAUGGACAUCAGCCAAGACAUUUGGCUUAUUUUGUCAGUAUUCGACAAGUGAUCGUUACAAAAGUACAAAUUCAAGGUAAUGAAUGUUAUCAAGUGAAAAUUAGCAUGGAACAAUCAACAAUCGCAAAAGGAAACAAUAAUAAUAAUAAUAAUCAACUUGAUUUUAUCAGUUUCACAUUUACCACGCCUGAAGAAGCUGAUGCUGUAGUACAUUUAUUAGAAGGAUAUUGUGGAGAAUCAUUGGAUGAUAUUUUAUCGAAUGGUACAUUGAAUGCAAUCAAUAAUCAUGAAUUGAAAUGGCAUAUGAAUUCAGGAAUUACAUGUAGCGAUUUUUUACCGAAUGGUUGUCCAUUUAGACUCUGUAAAACCAAUAAAUCACAACUACAAAGAUUGGAAAUAAAUAGAAAUUUGAUAACAUUGGAACAAGUACUUGGUGAAGGUCAAUUUGGAGACGUGUACAAAGGAUCAUAUUGUAGGAGACCGAAACUCGACACUUUAUUGGUUGCAGUGAAAACAUGUAAACUAGACGCAUCAUAUGAAGAAAGAAAGCGAUUUUUAGAAGAGGCUCAUAUACUCGGAGAAUUUGAUCAUCCACAUAUUAUAAAAUUAUUUGGUGUGUGUUCUGAUGAACCAAUCUGGUUAAUUAUGGAAUAUGCUGCAUUAGGAGAGUUACGUCAUUAUUUGAUAAGUAAACGAAAUGAACUUACCAUAACACAAUUACUGACAUACUCCUAUCAAAUUGUAACUGCUUUAGCCUGUUUGGAAUCUAAGAAAUGUGUUCACAGAGAUAUAGCAGCCAGAAACAUUCUUGUUUCAAGACCAGAUUGUGUGAAACUAGCCGAUUUCGGAAUGUCACUUAUUUUAACAGAUAAAAAUGACUUUCAAGCUGAACAAGGCAGAAAAAUGCCUAUUAAAUGGAUGGCUCCAGAAAGUCUACAUCAACGUCGUUUUAGUUCAGCAAGUGAUGUUUGGAUGUUCGCUGUGUGUAUUUGGGAAAUUUUAUCUAAAGGAGUUAAACCAUUUGCUAAUUUAACUAAUGCAGAAGCUGUAGAACAAAUAGCUCGUGGUGUACGUCUAGAAAGGCCAGAUAAAUGUCCUCAUGGUUUGUAUGAAAUUUUAUUACAAUGUUGGAAUGUUAAUCCAAAUUUACGUCCAACAUUUUCAAUGCUUAAACCUAGAAUAAGAGAGCUGACUGUACAAUAUAAAUCAACUUCGUCAUCAGAACCUGUGUAUUUAAAUUGUGUUGAUGUUCAUAAUCAGAAUGAUCAAUCUAACAGAACAUAUCAAAAUCGACUUCAUAUUAACUUGACACCACCAAAGCCACCAAGACAUUAUGAAAUGCAAACAUCUAAACCUUCUACAAAUCUACAAAGUCGAUGGGAUGAAGCAAAUAAAAUAAAAUGGACUAAAUUAAAUAUUCCAACAGGUCCAUAUUUAUCAAACAACUUAGAAAAGUCUGACAAAACCAUCAGAAAUUCUCUGUCUCCAAGUCGUUUGGUGAAUUUUGAUCUUAAUUCAAAUUCCCAGCGAGAUACUCCAUCAUUAAAUGAUAUUUCAAGAAGUAGUCCUACACGAAAUGCUUCUACAUCAAGUGUAAAUUCAUCGACACUUGGUUCGGUAUCUAGUACAGUAACUUUGAGAGGGCAAUCACCUGAUUUUCGUACACCCAAACAAAUUCCCUCUUCACCUGCUUAUCACAACACAACGAAAACAUUCAAUCUUGCAUCGGAUUCACGAGCAUUAACUGAACGCAAAAGUGAUGAUUUUGAGAAAAGAUGUAAAUCUGAACUAAGGAAAAAGACUUCAUUUUACCGAAAAACAAUGCCGGCUGCACUACCAACUCAAGUAAUUGAGCUGAACAUUGAUGGUAACAAUAAUUCAUCAACUUCAAUUGAAUCUUGUUCAUUAAUCUCUAACAAGAAUAAAAUUAGAAGUUUCUCAUCUGAUGGUGUUCGAUUAGCAAAUCGUCAAUCCACUCCGAUACUUUCACGCAAUACAUCACUUUCACAAUCGAUUUCACAACAUUCUUCAAAUCAAAAUAAUAGAUUGUCGAACAGUCCUACUCGUAAUAUUCGCAUCAGCCAUCAUAAUAAUAAUCCUAGCAUUAGUAAUGUUGAUAAACCUGUUUCAUCACAUUCAAGGCAUCAUCGCCAUGCUUCACCAAGUAAACGUAAUAAUAAUAAUAAUAAUAUCAAUAACAACAAUAACAAUAAUAUGCGUCAUGUAGACCCAGUGUUCGCAGCAACUGUUAAAGUUGUCAAAACUGUUAGUUUGGUUAGUCAACAGAUUACUACAAGUAAACCGGAAGAAUAUAGUAGUUUGAUAAAAACUAUUGGAACAUCAAUAAAAGAUUUAUUUUCCGCAAUUCAAAAUGAAUUCGGUGAUCAUGUUUGCGAUAAAAUUCUUUUAGCUGAACGUCAAUUAAAUUCUUCAAUGUAUUCUCUAAUAACAACUACAAAACAUGCUAAAUUACAAAAUAAUCGAGGUCCAUUACUGGAAGAAUAUCGGCGACACUUAAUGAGUCUGGCUUAUACAAUUGCAGCUGAUGCACAUUCCUUAUAUACAACCAUUCAUGAAAAUCGUAUAAAAUAAUUUAAUUUGACAAAAGAACUAAUAUUAUUCUCAUUAUGCAUAACUAAUGCAGAUAUAAUUCUCUUGAGUAUAUCUAUAUGUAUUUGAUUAUUAUUAUUAUUAUUUAUGUUCAUUUUAAUAGUAUACACUUUCUUAACACUGACACUAAUACUACUACUGUUUUCUAAAAAAAACUGUAGAAAUCAGUAGGCUGUAAAUUUGUAUAAAAAGCAAUACUACUUAUAAUGAUGACACCAAUGCCAUAAUAAUUCAAAAUUUGCGCUUGAUACUCGUCUUUCCAAUUGUGUUUUCUAUUCUGAGAUUGAGUUUCCAUUUUCUGCUUAAAUAUUUUUUCCGUUUGAUUUUAAUUUUGAACAAUUUUUGAAAAGUUGUUCCAAAAAUUAUAAAUUAUUGUACGGCUUAAAUUUAAAAUAAUUGCAGGAUAGCUAUGAAUCGUGAAUUACGAACUUUUAUA